AUGCAAUCAACAAACACUGGGCAAUAUGAAAAGUCGAAUCUUUGUAAAUUGGUUCUCAUUAGUAAUUUUCUACGUCAAAAAAUUCUUGAUCAUAGAGAUUCCAUGAGAUCUUUUGAUCCUGUUGCUAAUCUCAUUACUGGUACUUGCACCACCAGUAAUAUGAUAUAUUCACAGAAGGGUCAACAUACAAAUUCAAAUAAGGACAAUAAUACCUACAACAAUUACACUCAUAAUGUUAACACUCAUGAAGGUGUGAACAGAUUUAUGACAAACGAAAGAAAACUACUGCCACCUCCAGGAUUUACAACUAC